UCUCUCUCUCUCUCUCUGUCUCUUUCCCUCUCUCUUUUCUGGUGUGAGGCAAUCAGAAGAGUGAUGUAGCAGUGUGUCUGUGUGUGUGUGUGUGUGGUUGGGAACAGAGGAACAUAGGGGCUCGCCGUGACAGGGCACGCGAACAGACACACACACACACGCACACACGCUCUCUCGCAGCACUGAGGCAGGCGAAGUAAGCACUUGCAGUUUCUUCAUUCCCUCCAGCUGGACUGCUCAGUUCAUCUGUACAAGUGGGAUUCCCAAACUGAGAGAAAUCACACCUCCCCCCCGCCCCCCCCCAUAACACCUGUUGCGGGGUCACCAGCCCAAACCCAGGCUCCCCUGCAUUAGCGCUACUGCCGACCCAGGAAGUGCUUCUCAUUCCACAUCCUGUGGAGAGGAAUGGAGGAGCUUGGACAGGUCUACCCCUCUGAGGCCACUCCCCCUUGCAACGUCAGCCACGCCCCUCCCGCCCCCCCGUCCUUGGCGGCUGCGGUGGCGGCGGCUAACGAGUCGUGCACGGAUCUGAGCUGCUACAUGGUGCUGACGGAGGCGGAGAAAACCGUCAUCGGCUCCAUCUGCUUCCUGGCGGGGCCCGCCACCUUCCUGGAGAACGUGCUGGUGCUGGGCGUGAUCGCCGCCUCUCGCCGCCUCCGCCGACGCCCCUCCUACCUCUUCAUCGGCAGCCUGGCGCUGGCCGACGUCUUCGCCAGCUGCUUCUUCACCUCCAGCUUCCUGGACUUCCACCUGUUCCGCCGGCGGGACGGCCGCCACGCCUACCUGUUCAAGCUGGGCGGGGUCACGCUGGCCUUCACCGGCUCGGUGGGCAGCCUGCUGCUGACCGCGCUGGACCGCUACGUCUGCAUCCACCACGCGCCCAGCUACAAGGCGGUGCUGACCCGCCGCAGGGCCCUGCUCGGCCUGGCCGCGCUGUGGGCCGUCACCGCCCUGGUCGCCUUCCUGCCCCUCCUGGGCUGGACCUGCCCCACGGGGCUGGUGCCGCCCUGCUCCCGCCUCUUCCCCUACAUCCACAGCCGCUACCUGGCCUGCUGGACGGGCUUCAUGCUGGCGCUGCUGGGGCUGAUCCUGGCGGCCUACGCCCUGGUGCUGUGGCGGGCCCACCAGCACGAGGCCUCCAUGGUGGGGCUGGGGGGCGGGGCCUGCGGAGGGGGCGGAGCCCGCAUGCGGAUGGACAUCCGGCUGGCGCGCACGCUGGGGCUGAUCCUGCUGAUCCUGGCGGGGUGCUGGCUGCCCGUGCUCUCCUUCAUGCUGGCGGACGUCUCUCAGCGGCUCACCCGCGCCCACCAGCGGGCCUUCGCCUUCUGCAGCACGCUCUGCCUGGUCAACUCCGCCGUCAACCCGCUGCUCUACGCCCUGCGCUGCCGCGAGCUGCGACAGGCGCUGGCCCGCCUGCUGAAGCAGGGGCGGGGCCGGUGCCGGGGGGGCCGGGGGCGGGGCAACAGCAGGGAGGGGACGGGGGCUCCGUCGCAGUCCAUCACAGAGGGGAACGGCAGCAGCCCGGGGUCCGAGGAGGAAGCGCUCGGGGAGUCCUUAUCCGAGGCGGUGGAGAAGAAGCAGCUGGCCGUGAUCAGGAAGUGAGAUCAGGAGCAGUGGAUUGUGGGAAGUGGAGUUCAGCGCUUUGCUGUUUUUUUUUAUUAUCUAUUUAUUUUGUUGCCAUUUUGCUUUUGGCCUGCUUUCUCUGAAAAAUCAGGGGAAAGUUUUGGGUGCUGAAAAGAUACGGGCGAGAGAGAGCUUGGUUGAGCAGGUCUUGCGUCUGUUGCUGUCAACUGAACUGAGAUAAACCAGAGCAGUUCUGAGAAAGAUCCACCCUCUCCAGACGAGGUUGUGUAACGUGUUGACUCAAAAGAGCCAGAGAAAAACUGGUAUCACUCAGCAUGUCAUUUCUCUCUCAACCCCUCUCAUGUGCUCCAUGGCCCAUUUCACCAGUGAGCUUUGGAGAUGAUACUCUGUGCAGAUGGAAUCUGAACAUUUGAUUAUUGUUUUUUUCUUUUUUUUGCUACUUUUUUUUAAAGAAAAGCUCCUGAAACUCUGAACUCUGAGAAGAGGAAUGUGCGCUGCAUCUUUCGUCUUGUUCCACAUUACUGUCAUGACAGAGGAAAUGAUGUGUGUGCUAAACUCACCACCAGCACACUCACAUUCAUGAAAGCAGAAGUUAAAAAAACAUACUUUUUUAUGCAGAGAUCUCAAACUCCAGUCACCAAGAGCAGAGAUCUCAAACUCCAGACAUCAAUAGCAGGGAUCUCAAACUCCAGUCACCAAGAGCAGAGAUCUCAAACUCCAGUCAUCAAGAGCAGGGAUCUCAAACUCCAGUCAUCAAGAGCAGGGAUCUCAAACUCCAGUCCUGGAGUGCCGCAGCGCCUGCAGGUUUUUUUUUUUCCUUUUCCUUCAAAAUCAGCAGCCAAUUGAAGGCUUGGGUGCAAUGCUUGCGAGUGGCUUACAUUGAGCACAUGAGCUGAAACGCUGUCACCGGCAGACACUGCGGCCUUCCAGGACUGUGGCCUUCGGUACGAGGCCUGAGUUUUAGGCUUCAGUUCCAGCCUCAGGUUUAGUCUUUAGUUCGGGCCUCUCUGUUAUCAAUCUAUUAGCAAUCUAUUACCAGGAGGCCAAGACGGUGAGAGACACCCGGCUUCCUCCUGUCCUGGGGCUAGGGUGGGUCUAGUUGCCCAGUGUUACACAGGUCACUGUGUUAGCCCCUCCUAAUGACACCUCCUACAGGCUACCGAGCCUGUUUCUGUUGGAUUGGAUCACAACCCGGGGGUGGUUGAGACGCAAAUUCAUUACAAACUAACGGUUAAUUUCUUCAUUCGAUUAUUCAGACCACACAUUAUAUUGCCCAGUCAGGACCCGGACAUUCUGUUUGAAAAGCAUGCAUCUGGCAACCCUAUAGCCAUUGCUGCCAGCUCUCCUGUAGUACUGUGCUCCCUCCAGAAUGGGAAACAGUCAUUACAUUACAGGCAUUUAGCAGACGCUCUUAUCCAGAGCGACUUACACAACUUUUUACAUAGCAUUUUUACAUUGUAUCCAUUUAUACAGCUGGAUAUAUACUGAAGCAAUUCCGGUUAAGUACCUUGCUCAAGGGUACAACGGCAGUGUCCUACCCGGGAAUCGAACCUGCCACCUUUCGGUUACAAGCCCAGUUCCUUACCCACUGUGCUACACUCCGUCAUUGGUCAUUGGUACUGCAGGUAACUGAGCAGGAGGCGUGGCCACUGUUCCCUGCAAUUCUGAUUAGACAGAUGUGGGUGGCACAGCAGAGUCCUGGGAGACAAUCACUAACAACAGAUUGGGAAGAAAUAAAAAGUAACCCCACAAGGCACUGCUAUUUUGCCUUUGAGCUCAGCAUAACAAAAACUACUGAGUUACUCAAUAUCCUGCUGUAUGGACGGGAAAUUAAUCUGUAUAACAAAAUAUUGUUUUAUAAAUAAUGUGAAAACUGUGCUAGCUGCUUUGGUUGAAGGUGUCUGCCUAGAAAAUAAAUGUUGUACAGAACAGCAAUGCACUUUGCUUUAAGUUGUAGACAACCAUUAGCCUGCUCAAUUCUCUAUGGUUCUUAUAUAUCCAGUUAGAAAAUAUGCAAUACUAUCUUUAAAUUCACUCACAUAGGAAUGCGCCAUCUCAUUAGUAGUCCGAUCCUAAUCCUUCUGAUUGGCUCUAGCUCUAGAUUGGCAGUUUCCUGAUGCACCACCUCAGGAUUUUCUGGUUUGAACCAUCACCUCCCAUUUGACUGCCACUUACAUGAGAUCUCAGUUCAUCAGAGCUGACUGGCUAUUAGCAAGGCACAUCCCAGGGAGGUGGAUAGACCUGUUUCACAGCAGAGCAGUAAAUCUGACCAAUAGCACUGUAACGUUAGGACAAAAGAUAGCUGGAAGUUCUGACAACCAGCUCUCUUUUUUAAUUGGUAGUUCUAACUGAUCAAUCAUUUAAUAUCACUAUAAGUUCUUUCUCCCAGUGGAAUGUUUCUCCAUUCACAUGACUAAAAGAUUAUAUUGUCUACUCAUUGCAAUAAUAUAUAUCACCCAAAAAAGGUUUUCAGGUACCAAGUUAUUUAUUCAUCAGAAAAAUAUAAGUGUAUAGUAAGAAUAUAGCCAUGAUGAGACAGAAUGAGCUCUAUGACCUGUUCUCAUUAUUAUAAUGUUAUAAUAAUGUUUGCAAUGUUUUUAAACCGUUCAAGAAUAUGUUGAUUGAUUGAAUGAUUUCGUUAUUUUUUAUUUUAUUUUAAGUCAGUGUUUUCUCGAUUUUCCAUUGCUUUCAAUGACCAGUGGUGAUUGUUUCAUCAGAAUUAGAAUGUUAUUUAAGAACACAUUAAAGGGCAAAUGUUCUACUGUCGGGGUGAUCCAUAUUCAAACAAUGUACUCCAUUUUUCCCUUCUCUCUCUCCAUCACAUUAGCAACACUGUCUUCAGGUGAGACUCUCCUACUCUGUGUCAGUGAAUAAAAUGCAUCUGUAGGAAUAA